UGUUGGAAAUGCACGUUCAAAUAGCGUAUUACCUUUUUCAAAGAUGGUUUGUAAAAUCGACACCAUUAUCUUUUUCCACACAAUUUCUCUACGAUCUUUGUUGCAGACAUUUUGAAUUCUCAUCUCAAAAUCGAAACUCCGAUCUAUGAGAGAUCAUUUAUUUGCAAGGAUUAUGAUUAGAAAUAUACAAUCAUCGUCAACGAAUCACGGAAUUUACAGUCUUGAUGAUCAACAACGAUCAUCAUCCUCACCGGAAUCAUCCAAAUGAUGCCGUCGAACGGCUUCAUUUGCGUCUCAGGAACAUGCCGGAAACCGACAACAAGUCUCCGUACGAUACGUCGCCGGUGGCAAGUUCUAAAUGGUCUUAUCGUGAACAACCGGCUCCCGAUUGCAUGGAUUUUUCCGAUUACACCGGAUUGCUAGCUUCUCUUGUUCGUCAAGAAGGAAAUAUAUAUUCGUUAGCGGCAAUCGGAGAUCUGUUGUACACCGGAUCCGAUAGCAAGAACAUUCGCGUUUGGAAGAAUCGAAAGGAAUUUUCUGCAUUCAAAUCUAACAGCGGAUUAGUUAAAGCGAUUGUGAUUGCUGACGAUAAGAUAUUUACAGGUCACAGCGAUGGGAAAAUUAGGGCUUGGAAGGCAUCAGCUAAGAACCCUAGAGUUCAUAAAAAGAUCGGGACUCUACCGAAUCUGACUUCGAUAAUGGAAAAAUCGAUAAAACCUAAGAAUUAUACGGAGGUGAGGAACAAUCAUAGUGCAAUUUGGAUCAAACAUUACGAUGCGAUUUCAAGUCUUAGCUUGACCAAAGAUCGUUCGUUGUUAUAUUCAGGUUCGUGGGAUAAAACGAUUAAAGUAUGGAAAGUAUCAGAUUUCAAAUGUUUGGAAUCGAUUCCCGCUCACGAUGAUGCUGUUAACACGGUGGUCGCCGGAUUUGACGAUUUUAUCUUCUCUGGCUCGGCGGAUGGGACGGUGAAAGCGUGGCGGAGGGAGAAACCGGGAAAAAGAACAAAGCAUUUCCUUUUAAAUACUUUAUUGAAACAGGAAUCUGCGGUGACGUCGUUGGUGAUUAAUCCAUCGGAGACGGUGGUUUACGCCGGUUUAUCCGACGGACUUUUACAUUACUGGGAACGGGAGAAGCUAUUGUCCGGUGGCCGGGUUUUGAGAUGUCAUACGGCGGCGGUUCUGUGUUUGGCGGCCGCCGGUCGUAUGGUUUUCAGCGGUUCGGUGGAUACGAAUAUAUGUGUAUGGCGGAGAGAAGACAGAGGAGAUCAUAAAUGUUUGUACGUUUUGAAUGGACACAGUGGGCCGGUGAAGUGUUUGGCGGUGGAUAUGAGCCGCCGUGACGGAGGUGGUGAAGGGUCGUGUAUGUUGUAUAGUGGGAGCUUAGAUAGGUCGGUGAAGAUAUGGCGGGUGUCUACAAAAACACCGCAGAUGGAAGACCAACAACCACGACGGCCGUCGCGUCAGAAAGAUAGGUUGCGGCGGAAUUAUGAUGGUGGGUUUCAGACGUUCUCGGCUCAAGGCCGAUUGAAUCACCGGAGAAAAUAGUCGUUGAGGAGGAGGUUGUACAGUUUUUUUUUGUAUUUAUUAUAAAAUUUUGAAAAUCGUAUAAAUCAAAAGAAAAAUAUAAUGAUGAUAAAUUUAUCA